AUGUUAAGAUACGUCCAAAGAGCCUUUUGUGCCUACGCGGCGGCUGCCCUCUUGCCCCUGAGUACACGAGGACAGGAUGCUCCUGUCCACCACAACGCGCAACCAGGCUUAGCACAAAACCCGCCAGUGGCCCCUGUCGAUUCUGCAGCUUAUGGCUACCACCAUCCUCCCCCCGAUCAUUCUGCAGCUCCUCCCUCCCAUCCUGUGCACAGUUCGCACGGAUAUGGUACUCACGACCACUCGCCGCCGACGCACCCCCACGAUGGUGUUGCGAUGAGCCCAAACACCAACGCAUACACCCUCUGGGAGCAGCCCACUGGCACAACUGAGAUGAUUACCCAUUCCUGGAAGCCUCCUCUAACCCAGGAGAAUCUUGCGAAAUCAGGCUACUGGGACGUCGCCAUGUCCACUGUCCCGUCGGAAGACCACAUUGUGUUAAUGCCAGCAGAUGCCAACAGAACAGGUCAGUUCUGGCAGCGGACUGCAGUCCCUGCGGUCCACUUCGAAGUGCAGUUUGGAUUCGGAGUAUUCGGGAAGGAUCCAGUAGUUGAGGGAAACCCUGGAGGAGCAGGCAGCAACGACGGCCAGCCAGACGGGUUUGCAUUUUGGUAUGUGUACGAGCCAUAUGCAAGCGUCUACCCGAGAACACCGGAAGAACAAGCCAGCUGGAAUCUUGUAGGAUACAAAAGUAAUCCCAAGGGAUUUGGCGUCAUCUUUAAAGCAGUGGACCAAACGGGAAACAUCAACCCCUCAAUAUCAUGCGUUCAUAACACGGAGGACACCAGAGACUUUUCGAAAGAAAUCCCCACUUCUUCUGCGUUCUUCUACCAGUUUAGAAAUAAACCCACACCUGUUCUUUUCCGUGUCAUUGUUGGGAAUCAAGGAGUGGUGGCCCAAAUCCGCGAGUCGGUUACUUCGGCGUGGAUUACUGCAUGCUCGCUGGAUCACGUUCAUUUGCAUGCCCAUGGCUUCAUUGGCUUUACAGGCCACAAUAAGCCCGGUUCAAGCCAAGGACAGCCUGGGCAUCACCCUACAGGAGAUCAAGUUGUACUUCACUUCGUAAAAAUGUGGAGCCUAGAUCCUCUUCCCCCUCAGCAUAAUGACGCCGGCUCACCACAAGCCGUCCAUUCGACGGAUGGAAGCCACGUAGCAACUGACGCUCAUGCUCACUCAGCCCACGCUGAACACUAUGGUGUCUAUCAAGGGCAUCCGCAUGCAGCUGCCUAUUUGGCUGCAGGCCACAGCCAAAUCGACCCAACGUUGCUGCAGAUGCUGACGUCGCUCGGAAGUCAACUAAGCAUGUUGAGCGCGGAAGUGAACGAUUUGAGACAAGACCUAAGAAAACUGUGGGUGGACGACGCACCAGAAGCCGUGAAGUCGCUUAAGUUGGAGCUGACUGGUUUUAAGGAUCUUUUUAAACGGCAUUCCCAACAGCACACAUCUGCAUUGCACAACAUUCACAAACAAGUGGAGAUCAAAUCGAGUAUGUCCCCUACGUUGCCUUCAGCUGGGCAGCAGUACCGCGGUUGGCAUUAG